AUGCUCGCUUCCAAACAAUCGUCCCCAAGUGCGUACAAACGCCUGCACGACUACGCUCCCUUCCACAUCAUGACCUCGGACUCGUUCCACAAAGUCCUUCAUAACAGACUGGUCAAUACACUCUGUGACAUUUACGUACUCCCAGACGACGACGAGGAGGACGUCCGUCUGCGAUCAGAAACAACCGUCCUCGACCGUGUCCUCGGCCCCGUCUACCAAAAAGUAGACCAGUGGUUAAAGAAGCCGGACGUGAGCUGUCUCGACCUCGGAUCUGCUCGCGGUGACUGGAUUGACCAAAUGGCAGCACGGAAUCCCGGUGCAGAGUUUACCGGCAUCGAUCUCGUUCCUUCCAGGAGACCACCGACGGCUCUCGGCCCUCCGACCGCCACAUUCCAGAUCCGGGAUAUCAAUGCCGGCCUCGAGUCGUUUCAUGGAAUGUACGAUGUCGUACACGCGAGAAAUCUCACGCAAGGGAUUCAACGGUGGAGUUCGUUUAUUGUCGACGCUGCCGACACACUUGUAUCCGGUGGAUUAGCCUUGUUCAUCGAGUGGGAUUACCAAAUAUACAAUGCCUCAAAGAUUCCCUACAAGCCAACCUCACCCACCUAUGAGCCCAACCAACGGGCACCAACGUUCCAAGUCCCAAGAUCCGCUACUCCACAGGUCCCUGCGCUCACCCACUUUCUGAGCUCGGUCAUUCGUGCGAGCUCAAACGCGGGCAGCCACAUUACCGCCGUGCACCACCUAGCUGCAUUUGUCGAGCGAUCACACCAAUUCAAGGACAUUGAAACAAGGGAUAUAUGGAUCCCCGUCAUUCCUGCACCCGGGGCCGAUGCACAAGAACGCAAGACGGCGACAGAGUUCCGAACCGCGUUUGUCGGAUACACAGAGAUCACUAUUGUCCCCAACAUCCCGGACCUGAGGACGAUUCAUCUCCACGCGCGGCAAUGCAGUACGUCUAUCUUUCAUCAUCAUCAUUGGGUGCUUCUUCUGAUACGAACAAACUUUGCGUCCCCUUCUUCGCACCGUCUGCCUCCACCGCAUCAAAAAAAAGAAAUAUUGGCUGUCAAAGUAAACGCGCAUACGACAAACUUUGUACAUCACGACCCCCUCUCCAAUGUGACGAUCAGUAAACCAGACGACAGCUCGGCGUACAGUGCCUAUCCAGAGCUCAAGCGGCGAUUGUAUUCGGCACUCUCAGAGGGUGACGAGGGCGAGUUGUCCAUUGCGAUCCCACAAGAUGUCGCUAUCACACUCUCUCAGCCGCCUCAGACGCAAAAUGCAACUGGAGGACCUUCGACGACAGUGGUAGAAAAGGCUGCAAAGGAGUACAAUCCGUUGGUCGUCCGAAUCGAGUAUGCCCUCAAGGAUCCAGUAGAUGGGCUUCAGUUUGUUUUACCCUCCGACUUGUAUCCAUAUCGUGUUCCCCACGUAUACACCUCCCCCACUUCGCCAGAUGCGGCACGAUGCUGGGUGCCUUGCGUAGACAACCUCUGGGAGAGGUGUACAUGGGAGUUUGAAUUCGUCGUCCCGCGGUCCCUUGAUGCCGAUGGCGAUUCGCUCAAUAGCCCAAACUAUAACGUCGUCGUCGUCUGCAGUGGAGAAUUUCAACAACAAAUCGUUCACCCUACCGACCCAGACAAAGUCAUCUUUCUGUUUGAACAACAGGCACUUACCUCGGUGCAGCAUAUCGCGUGGGCUGCGGGACCGUUUUAUGUCAUGCCAAUUUCGACUGCACAGACGGCCACAACAGCAGCGGCGGCUGCGCUGAGUCGUAUGGACCCCUCGGGAUCUGUCGGCGCGGAUGGGGCAGCGGUGAACAUGGCGGGUCAACCGCGUAUGCAUGCAUUCUGCUUGCCCGGUCAUGAGAGACAUCUUGUCGCGACGGCUGGGUUUCUACCACAAGCCAUGCGACAUUUCAUUCAAGAAGUUGGCUCGUACCCGUUUAGCUCGUUCAAACUCGUCUUUGUAGACGAUUUGGUCCAGCAAAGACAUGAUGGUGCGACCAUGUGUCUCGCAUCGGUUGAUCUUCUUCAUACGGAUGAUGCGAUUGACCCCGUGUUCGAAACGCGCAUCCUGCUCAGUCAGGCGGUUGCCGUGCAGUGGUUCGGGAUCAACAUUUAUCAAAAGACGUGGUCGGAUACGUGGUUGGUCAAUGGGCUGGGAAGCUACAUUACUGCCUCCUUUGUGAGGAAACACUUUGGCAAUAAUGAAUACCGGUUCAGACUCAAAAAGGAUAUCCUCCGCGUUGUCGAUUUGGACGUUGGAGAGAUGCCGCCGAUAUGCCAACCUGGACUAUUGGAGCCGACGGAUCCAGCCUUUAGACAGUUUGUCAAUCUCAAGGCACCACUCGUGCUGCACAUCCUCGAUCGAAGGAUGCACAAGACUGGCACGUCGCAAGGGCUUCAUCGUAUCAUCCCAAAGAUCAUUUUGGAUGCAUUGGAAAACGAGAGCGCGGCCGCUAUCUCGACGCAUAGCUUCCUCCGCAUGUGUAGAAAGACGGCUGGUAUCGACUUUCGUCCAUUUGCCGAGCAAUGGGUCUACGGGAGUGGGUGCCCACGGUUCGCGGUGCGCUCUCAUUUCAACAGGAAGAAGAUGGCAGUCGAAAUGCACGUCAAGCAAGAAUCCCCGGCGUACGAAUUCAACAAAGAGGAUCCGGUACAGCUUGCGCUACUACGGCCCAUGCCCUUUUUCGAUGGUCAAAUGACAAUCCGUAUCCAUGAAGCAGAUGGUACACCAUAUGAACACGUCUUGGAUAUUCGACAACCGUAUAAAAAGUUUGAAGUCCCGUUCAACACAAAGUACAAACGUGUGCGAAGGAACACGAAGCGGUUCAUUGCCCGUCAGCAGGCAGCAGAAGCAGCUGGGAAUCAGGAAACGGCAGAACUGAUUGGUGUGGUGGAUAUGAGUUUUGGAUUGGGGAUUUGGGAAGACGAUGCGAGUCGGGAGGAGUGGAAGGUGGCGGACUGGACCGAGGCAGACGAGGCACACAUGGCGACGGCGACAUACGAGUGGAUCCGACUGGACACGGACAUUGAGUGGCUCACCAAAAUCUCGUUUGAUCAAGAGCCGUUUAUGUGGGUUUCACAGCUCCAGCGAGAUAGGGAUGUGAUUGCUCAAAUCGAGGCUAUUCACGCACUGUCGCGUAUUCCAUCCAAGAUUGUGUCGAGCACAUUCACAAAGACGGUCCUCACUACAACCUACUUCUUCCGUGUGCGAUCCGAAGCAGCUCUCUCCCUAGUUCCGUGUGCUGGUGCGGCCGUGGAGUAUCUUGGGCUCUACCAUCUCUACAAGUUAUUCUUCCGGUACUGUUACGACCCGGUGAACAAGGAGGAUAUUUUUAAAAACGAGGUCGUGCCCAAGGCAAAUGACUUUUCCGACUUUUCCGAAUACUUCCUCCGAAAGGCCCUGAUCACUGCGUUGUCGCAAGUGCGCGUGGAGAACGGAGAGACGGUUCCAAUUGUUCGGCGGUUCCUCAUUGAUCAGCUGAGAUAUAACGACAACUCGACAAACAAUUUCUCUGACUCGUAUUACCUGGCACAUAUCAUCGGUGCUCUUGGCUGCUCACUCGUCUCAACAACUCCGCCGGAACGUGGAGAGCUUCAGGGUGAUCAUAUUCCCAAGAUUGUCGACGACCCUCGGGCGCAAAUCAACAAGGAUAUUCUGGAUGGCGCCAUUGCCGAGGUUGAUCGGUAUCGAGAUAUGGACCGCGUUAUUCCCUCUUGGAGAAAUGCUAUCACGGUGGCGACUAUCGAGUUCAAAGUCAUGCUCAUGAUGGCAAACUGUAUACCUAAUGAUCCCAUCUUCUUCCUGAUGUACACGAGGGAGGGCAAUUCGACACCUGUUCGUAUUGCGGCUUUUGAUGGGCUAUUCCUCAUGAAAUGGUAUCACCCAGAGGUCCUCAAAUACCUCUUGGCGGUCGUCUCUCGCGAUUCUUCUCGUGUCGUGGCGAGGCACGUGGCGAGUAACAUGUGCGAAAGUCUUGCUAUUCAAUUUGUCAUUGGCGAGAUUCGGAUGGCGUCCAAGGAACCUGAGCCAAUUCUCAUCGAAGAAGACGCGACAAAACCAGAAGUGGCCAAGGAGACGAAGAAGAGCGAGACCGACCUGAUGAUCAAGACGCUCCGUAAAGACAAAGAGAUUGGGAAAAAUCAAGUACUCAGGAAAAAUAUUAUGCAGAUGAUGCUCAACUCGGGAUUGGAUCACGAAGUGCGGUGGUCGCUCUUGAAAUUGGCAGACUUGGCAUUCCGAGCUGUCGAAGAGCCGUUACCAAAGAUUACCAUUCAUAUCCCAGCACCCCAAACCCCUGCAGAGAGUCUUCCGAGCAAGAAACUAAAGCUCAACCUCGGAAUCAUGCCUUCCAGUGCUGCUUCACCGCGUGUUGGACCAGAGAGUGCCACACCCAGAAUCGAGGAAGUCCCACCGUCACAACCUGCGCCCAAGUUGGUGCUCAAGCCUCUUCGGGAUCCUUCUGUCGCUCCGGCCACUCCAGCCACCGUGAAGCAAAAGGCCGUACCUAGCUGGGCGAAGAGCGGUCUGACAUCCCAGGAGAAGAAGAUGAUCGAAGCCAUCCUCAAGCGCGUCACCGCUCAUCCCUCGGCGAUUUGGUUCCUGCACCCUGUUGACCCUGUUCGUCAUAAUGCGCCCACAUAUUUCGAUGUGAUUAAGCAUCCAAUGGACCUCUCGACUGUUGCUUCCAAACUCAAGUCCGGGCAGUAUGGGAACCGACAACAGUUCGCCGACGACUUCAAGCUCAUCCUAUCCAACGCCUACCUCUUUAAUCCACCUGUGUGGAAGACUACAGAUGAUGCAGUGGAAAAGGACAAGGCCAGAGUCAAACUCCCUCCCAGGAUAGUAGCGCCACCCAGUGCUACACCUGCGCCUGUACCAGUACCAACCGUUCAACCCCUUCCUCCGCCACCAGCAUCUGGCAAGGAACCAGACCUCGAGCAAGAACUAUUGGCCGCCGCAGAUAUUCCAGGGGAUGAUGAAGAUGCGCCGUUUGACGAAGAUGUAGAUGCACUAUUGCUCGGUUCGACGUCUACUUCUAUUCCAGAGGCACCAAAGAUCAAAGUGAAGGCCCGGCGUCCAGCGCCUGACCUCGACUUUGAUGAAGCGGACGACCUUGAAGCGGCGUUGCUUGAUGCAGCAGAUGCCUCGUCAUCUAGAAAGGUUUCUGAGCCUCCACGAAAAGCCACGCCGCAGUCUGACACCCAUGUCGUCCCUCAUCCCAAGUUCAAAGUCUCACUUGGCUCCUCACACGUUCGUAGCACAACGCCAUCGACUACACCACCUCAACCUUAUGUGUCGACUACACCCGCGACAGAGUACACGCGGCCAGCACCCAGGCCGGAGACCUCGUACGCAACUGCUGGUGGGAGCACACCUGAUCAUUCUUCGUCAUCUCGAAAGCGAGCGGUAGACGUCGACGAUGCGUCUCAAGUACCCAUCGAUCCCGCGAAAUGCAAGGCCCUCUUGCAGAAAUUGGCAGAUGUUCCUCAUGGAUGGAUCUUCCUCAACCCUGUGAACUCGACACUUCCUGGUCUUGAAACAUACUAUGAAGAAAUCAAGCACCCUAUGGACUAUAGCACAAUGAGGCGCAAGUUGGACAAGAAGCAGUAUGCUACCAUGGAAGACUUUGCAGAUGACUUGCGACUCGUUUACGCGAAUGGCCGCCAGUUCAAUGCAGCCGCUCCUGAUAUCCUGGAUUUGAUUGAUACAAUAGAAGCCCUGUGGAAGAAGGAGUGGCCCAGCAUGCUCAAGCGCAAGAUGCCUGCCGAAUUGAAGCGGCAGCUCGCCCAGGCACUUAACCAGCUCAAGGCGGAGGAUGUAAAUAUGAUCUUCCACUUCCCGGUGGAUCCCAUUGCACUCGGUAUUCCUCACUACUUUGAUGUCAUUGCGAGGGAAGACGCUAGAGACUUGAGCACCAUCAAGGCAAAGCUCGACAAGGGCGGAUACCAAACCGCCGAACAAGUUCACCGAGAUGUCCGUCUCAUGUUCUCAAACGCUUACAAGUUCAACGGUAGAGACUCGCCGGUAUCAAGUGUUGCUGCGGCUCUGGAGGCUAGCUGGAACCGACUUUACAACAGAGCGCGUGCCGCAGCCGAGGGUAACAGCAACAAGAAACCACGUCUAGCAUAA